AUGCCGGGGGCCCGGCUGGCCCCGAGCGGCUCCAAGCUCACGGGGCACGUCCCUCCUGCCUGGCAGCUGCCCGUGGUGUCCGUGGUGCGAGACGCCGAAGCCCAGCUCCUGCCUGACGUGGGCGCCAUCGUCACCUGCAAGGUGUGCAGUAUUAACUCCCGCUUCGCCAAGGUGCACAUCCUGUACGUUGGCUCCACGCCCCUCAAGUCAGCUUUCCGCGGCACCAUCCGGAGAGAAGACAUCCGAGCCACGGAGCGGGACAAGGUGGAGGUUUACAAGAGUUUCCGCCCAGGGGACAUCGUCCUGGCUAAGGUGAUCUCGCUGGGUGACGCGCAGUCCAACUACCUGCUGAGCACGGCCGAGAACGAGCUGGGCGUGGUGGUGGCCCACGGCGAGGCAGGAGCACGGCUGGUGCCCAUCAGCUGGUGUGAGAUGCAGUGUCCCCGGACGCAUACCAAGGAAUUCCGCAAAGUGGCCCGCGUGCAGCCCCAGUUCCUGCAGACCUAGGCUACCCCGCGCUCCCCGGCAGGAUUACCUGAGCCAGGAGCCAGCCGGAGCCCCCUUCACCGAAGUACCUGCAGCAUCACCUGGACUGGUGCCCACGUGCGCUGGGCUGGGACUCGGGCCUCCACCAACACCUGUCAGGAACCGGAUGCAGCUCUGGCUCCCUGGGCCCUGCCCCCAGGCAGGAUUUUAGAUUCCUGAGCUGUGAACAAUAAAGGCUUUCCCAACCCC